AUGGGCUUAGUUGGCGGCGAUGCCACGAAAGAGGAGGGCAUUGAGAAAGGGAGUUCUGUUCUCACCUCCCGAAGUCUGCGACUACGACACGAGAGGUUCGCCGCAAAGGUAGACCAGCGAGCGACCGAGUGGUACAAGAAGUAUGUCGUCGAGGGCCUGCUGCGCCGGAAACCACUGAAGCCGUCCCAAGAUGGCCGCCAUAUCCCGCUCGAGGCCGCGCGCGACACCCCGUUAAUCGACGAACGACGCGGCCACGAGUACUUGAGCAACACGAUACGCACGUCGCGGUAUACCGUGGUCGAUUUCCUGCCUAAGCAACUGAUCUUCCAGUUUACUCGGUUGGCCAACUUUUAUUUCCUUUGCGUCGGUAUUCCGCAGACCAUCCCGGGCCUGAGUACAACAGGCAGUUAUACGACCAUCUUACCCCUGCUGUUCUUUGUCCUCUUGACAAUAUUCAAGGAAGGCUAUGACGACUAUAAGAGGCAUCGGUUGGACAAAUUAGAGAAUGCGAACAUCACCACCGUUCUGGGAAAUCCCAGACCCCAGGCCAGUCUGACUGCUCCUCCAGGAAAAUGGUCUAGACUGCGCAGAGUCUUCUCAAGAACCCAGACCAAUCGCGAUGCGGAGGAAGACGACUUGGAAGAAGACAGUGAUGGUGAUCUCAGGUGGAAUAAGCUCCAUUGGCAGGAUGUCAAAGUCGGCGACAUCGUCCGACUGACGCGGGACGAGGAAGUGCCCGCUGACCUGGUCUUGCUUAACUCUACAGGCGAAAACGGCAUAGCAUACGUGGACACCAUGGCUUUAGAUGGCGAGACAAACCUCAAAAGCAAGGAAUCACUGCCAGCGUUCAAGCUGUGUGAUUCGAUACCAGCUAUUCGCUCGCGCAAGGCCGAAUUCGUCCUCGAGGACCCAAAUCCCGACCUGUAUCGCUUCGACGGAAGAGUUUCGGUGGACGGCAAGACGCUUCCCCUGACUCUGAACGAAGUUAUUUAUCGAGGCAGCACAAUCAGGAAUACCGACCGUGUGAUCGGACUGGUCAUCAACACGGGUGAAGAGUGCAAACUACGAAUGAACGCCAAUCAACAUCCCAAGGCCAAGAAGCCAGCCCUGGAGAGGAUCUCUAACAGAAUUGUGAUUACUCUUGCAUUCUACGUCAUUGUCCUGUCCGUUGGUUGUUCUAUGGGCUAUAUCAUCUGGCGGAGCUCGACCGAGAGAAGAUCAUGGUACCUCACAGAUGCCACCGUUGCGUUCAAGGAGAUCAUCAUUGGUUUUGCUAUUCAGUUCAACAAUGUCAUCCCUCUUGCACUUUACGUCAGUCUUGAGAUUGUCAAACUAGGGCAGAUGUGGAUGCUGAACGGGGACGUGGAGAUGUACGACGAGACGACAGAUACCCCCGCAAGGUGCAAUACCAACACCAUUCUCGAGAACCUUGGGCAGAUCAGCUAUAUCUUCUCAGACAAGACAGGCACACUUACGGAAAACGUCAUGAAGUUUCGGAAAUUGAGCAUCGCCGGCACAUCUUGGUUACACGAGAUGGACCUAGAGGAGGACACGGCAGACUCUAUCGAGAUCCCUCCUCAGACCGCGACGGGCGGAAUGAUGCAGAUAUCCAGAGAGGUCACUCGAGUGAUUCACGAGGACGACGAGCCCCCAAUGGCCUCCCCAGUAACCAUCACGGUGACUUCACCCACCUUCAUGAGAAUGCCAUCCUAUUGCGGACGAAGAUCGUCAUCCCAAUGGAGAUCUACGGGCCGCCCUGACCACCAACAACCCGAAGUCAAUACCAGGGACCUCUUGGAGUUUAUAAGACUCAGACCUGCUUCACCAUUUGCUAGAAAGGCACGGGACUACAUCCUUUCCCUUGCCCUGUGCCACACGUGUCUUCCUGAAAUGAAGGAUGAUAAGAUGGAUUUCCAAGCGUCUUCGCCCGAUGAGCUCGCACUGGUACGCGCUGCUCAGGAGCUAGGAUAUCUAGUUAUACAUCGGUCGUCUCAGACGGUUACCCUGAAGAUAUCCUCCCUCGAUGCUGAUGACAGGACUGAAGUCUACGAGAUUCUCGACGUCAUCGAGUUCAGCAGCAAACGGAAACGUAUGUCGAUCGUCGUGCGCUAUCCAGAUGGUCGUAUUUGUAUUAUUUGCAAAGGCGCCGACUCUACAAUUCUUCCUAGACUAAGGCUCGCAAAUCUAGCGUUGCAAAAGGUCAAUGAGGUUCGCAAGAGCGCCGAGCUAGAGCACGAGAUGCUGCGAAGGAGCGAGCAAAUGGAACCACGCAACAGUUUUGGUGGCCGUCCGAGUAUGACUCUCGGCCGAAAGAGCCUUGCUAUCCCUGUUCAGCCAAGCCCAUCUAAGAAGCGGCCCGCCAUCGAACGAAGCAGGUCUUUCGAAGCGUCUCAAAUACGAUUUUCUGAUGACCGACCUAGACCGUCACGACCAUCUCUGGGCGUCAGGACCGUAUCAUUAGAUAUUAACAAGGCUCUUUCAGCGCCCCAUACGGUACCCCUAGCACCGAUAGAUGACAAAUUCAGUUUCCUCGACGACCCAUCGAUUAAUGACGACUCGGCCGUCUUCACGCGAUGCUUCAAGCAUCUCGACGAGUUUGCUACUGAGGGUCUACGGACCCUGCUUUUCGCCAGAAAAUUCAUCCCUGCGGAGGAGUAUCGAUUAUGGAGAAAAUUAUACAACGAUGCAACAACUAGUCUUGUUGACCGCCAAGAAAAGAUCGAAGCAGCGGGUGAAAUGAUUGAGCAAUCGCUCGAUCUCAUUGGCGCAUCGGCCAUCGAAGACAAGCUUCAGGUGGGAGUUCCUGAGACCAUUGAGAAGCUACGACGCGCCAACAUCAAGAUUUGGAUGCUUACGGGCGACAAACGAGAGACGGCCAUCAACAUCGCCCACUCGGCCCGCAUAUGCCGUCCCGGGUCGGACAUAUUCAUUCUUGACUCUACGAAAGGGGACCUUGAGACUCAAAUAUUGGGUGUUGUAGAGGACAUCCAGGCAGGUUGCAUCCACAGUGUGGUGGUGAUAGAUGGUCAAACCCUAGGCGUAGUUGAGCAGUCAUCCACCCUGAAGGCGCUCUUCUAUGCCCUCAUUCCCACCAUCGACUCUGUCAUAUGCUGCCGUGCCUCCCCGGCGCAGAAGUCGUCGAUCGUCAAAGGGAUCCGGCAACGUGUGCCAGGUGCACUGACCCUGGCCAUUGGUGACGGGGCCAACGACCUGGCCAUGAUAUCUGCCGCCCAUGUGGGCGUCGGGAUUUCAGGCAAGGAGGGACUACAGGCUGCGCGCGUGGCUGACUAUGCUAUUGCGCAAUUUCGCUUCUUGCAACGCCUGUUGCUUGUCCACGGCAGGUGGAACUACGUCCGUACAGCGAAAUUCGUGCUCGCCACGUUCUGGAAAGAGAUGUUCUUCUAUCUCCCGACAGCGUUGUAUCAACGGUAUAACGGGUACACCGGAACGUCUCUGUACGAGAGUGCCAGUUUGACGGUCUUCAACACACUCUUCACUUCUCUUGCUGUGAUCAUACCCGGAAUUUGGGAGCAAGAUCUCAGUGCCCAAACCUUACUGGCAGUUCCUGAGCUGUAUGUCUAUGGCCAGAGGAAUACGGGCCUCAACGGCAUGAAAUUCAUUGGCUGGAUGCUCGCCGCAGCCACCGAGGGUAUAGGGGUGUGGUUUGUCGUAUGGGCCGGCUACGGAGCCGUCUUUGGUACGGUAAAGGAUGAUGGACUCUACGCCCUUGGCGACUUGGCUUUCACGGUGGGCGUUGUGUGGAUCAAUUACAAGCUAUUUAUCCUCGAAACACAUCACAAAUCAUCACUUGUCCUAGGUGGCUUCGGCAUCACGUUUGCCGGUUGGUGGCUAUGGAACAUCAUCCUUUCCGCCAUUUAUAGCCGUUCCGUCAGCAUCUACGCCGUACGAGACGGGUUUCUUAUCACCUUUGGCUCUGACAGCAUGUGGUGGCUGACGCUCAUCAUCGUGGUUGCCGUGCUUAUCUGCCUUGAGCUCGGCUUCAAGGCGAUCAAGCGCAACAUGAUCAUCGGGGGGCUGUGGCAGUGGCCCCCGUGGAAGAGGAGGGCUCCCGGCGAUUCGGCCGAGGAGUGGCAUCUGGAACUCUGGCAAGAGCUGGAGCAGGACCCUUACAUGCAGGAGCGGCUCAGGAAGAUUAAUGAGGGGACUGAGGGUAAUGAGGAGGUCGAGGAGCCGGUCAUCCGACUCAGCGAGGCGGAUGGCAUCGAGAUGGGGAGGAUUUCUUGA